GCAGACUCUGACGGGCUUCACCACAGGACCUGACGGGCUUCAUCGCAGAAUCUGAGGGGCCUCAUCCGUCAGAUCUGUCGACGGAAUUGCCCUCCUUGUAUUGGUUGCGUGCGCCGGGGCCCUGUUGGCACCCGCCAUGCGCCGCGCACGCUAUCUGAAGCUUUGCGCAGGCUGCCUGAAGCUUCCAGACGCCGCCCCGCUGCCUCACCUUCAUCGUCACCUUCGACCUCACCGCCACCGCCAGUCUGCUGCCUCGCCGCUACCGCCAGCCUUCCGCCAGCACAUAUAACACACCGCUCGCUAUCGCUCUCUGCUCUCAUUCUCAUCUUCGACGCUCAAGCACUUCCAUCAACCUUAGAAUCGCCAUCGACUUUAGAAUCGCCAUCCCCGGCAGACUAGACAUGUCUUCGUCUAUGUUCUCCUUCGACGCCGGCCGUCCGAGGAGCUGGAGCGACAGCACCGGCACCGCGAGCGACACCGAUGAGCACCCGCCGCGCACGCCAUCCCCGACACCCGUCUCUUCCUCGUUCGCGGACAAGCCUUUCUCCUCGUUCGAGGACAAGCCAUUCUCGCCGCUCGACGUCCAGUCGCCAUCGUCCUUGGAUGGCAAAUCGCCAUCAUCCUUCGACGUCAAGUCCUCCCCGUCCUUCGACGAUUCCUCCCUCACCACUCCCACUUUCUCGACGCCCCAGCCGUUCUCUACGCCGCAGCCGUUCUCCACGCCCGAUGCAUGGCCCGCAGAUGCGCCCAAGUCGUGGCCCGUCGAUGCGCCGAAGACCCUCCCCUCCCUUCCUACCCCCAACGCCUUCUCCACGCCCUCACCGCGACCCCUCCCCACCACACCACCUACGUCGCAGCCUUUCUCCACGUCAAACAACCUCACCUCCACCGCAUCGAUCCCCGGGCCCGCCGACGCCGACGCGUACAAAUCUUGGCCCGCAGGGGUCGACGCGCCGCAGUCCUACCCCGCCGACGCCGACGCGCCGCAGUCCUGGCCCGCCGACCCGCGCGCCUGCCUCCGCCUCGUGAACGCGCAGCUCGACGAGGCCGAGCGCGGCGCGAAGCUUUUGGCGCGCGCGCUGGCGGAUGCGCAGGCGGCGAUCGAGGAGGCGGAGAGGAGGUCGGAUGAAGAGGGACGGAGGGCAGACGAGGAGGGGAAGAGGGCGGAUGAAGAAGGACGGAGGGCAGAUGACGAGGGGAAGAGGGCGGACCAGGCGGAGGCGAGGGCGGACCAGGCGGAGAGAAGGACGGAGGAGGCGGAGAGAAGGACGGAGGAGGCGGACCAGCGCGCGACUGUCGCGCAAGAGGAGGCGCGGGAGGCCGCGCGGCGAGCGUAUGAAGCCUUCGCGCGUGCUGAGAGGGCUGAAGCGCGUGCUGAGGAGGCGGAUGCGCACGCUGAGGAGGCGGAUGCGCGCGCUGAGGACGCCGAUGCGCGUGCUGAGGACGCCGAGGAGCGUGCCCUCGCAGCAGAGGAGCGCAUGGCGACCGCGGUGACCGUCGCGCGCGAGGCUAGCGACCGGGCGUCCAGGAUGGAGCAGGAGGCCGCGGAGGCUACGUCGAGGGCUCGUGAUGCGGAUGCGAGGGCGCAGGAUGCGGACGCGCGCGCGCUAGAGGCCGCCGAACGCGCGCUCGACGCCGAUGUGCGCGCGAAGAACGCGGAGGAGCGUGCGGGGGAGGCGGAGGAGCGGAUGCGGGAGGCGGAGGCGCUGGCGGAGGCGUUGGAGGAGGAGGCGGCGCGGAGGGUGCACGCGGCGGAUGAGCGGGCGAGGAUGGCGGAGGAGAGGACGAGGGAGGCGGAGGAUAGGGCGAAGGAGGCUUCAACACGCGCUGAGGCGGAGGCGAAGCGUGCUGGGGAAGCAGAUACUGCUCGUGCUGCUGCAGAGGCCCGCGCGCGCGAUGCUGAGGAGGCGACUCGUCAGUUGGAAGACACCGUUCGUCGACUACGGGACGCUGAAGGCCGGCGUGAAGUUGCUAUUAGACAACUCGAAGAGUCUAACCAGCGGCUGGAGGAGUCGAACCACCAGCUCGAAGAUACAGUCCGCCUACUCCAACAGAGCGUCGCCGCUGCCGAAGAGCGCGUCGUCAAGGCCGAAACGCGCGCGCUCGCCGCUGAGGUGAAGGCAUCCGAGGCAGUCGCUCAGGCGCAGAAGCUCGACUCUGACCUCCGUGCCGUCCAGAAGCGCGCUCAAACCGCCGAGGCGCGCACCUUCGAGGCCGUGACGCGUGAGCACGCCGCCGAGCAGCGCGCCGCGGGUCUUGAGGCAGAGCUGGCGAAUGUAGACGGUGAAGUCCAAGUCAUGGAGGCGCAGUUGCGCGAUGCACAGGCUCAACUCCACGACCUGGAAUCGCACCUCCGCGACGUCGAAUCCCAGGUCCACGCCCGCUCCGAGACCCCCGCCCAGGCGGAGCGCCGGGUGCAGGAGCUCGAGCAGGUGGCGCGCGAGCUCGACGAGCGGCUGGUGCGCGAGCGACGUCAGAUGGAGGAGCAGCUGGCGCGCGAGCGGCGCGAGAUGGAAGAGCAGAUUGUGCGCGACGAGCGCCAGGCCGAGCUGUUGGACGCCUUGCGCCAGGUCCCGACGGGGCCCUUCCUGGCGCGGAUAGUGAGGGUCUGGUCGGCGUACUGGAGGAUGUGAGGAAGGUGCUUCUUGCUGUGAGGGCGCGGGCGCUUGGUGGUUUGGUCGAAGGUAGACAGACAACGUCAGGUAUCUAUGGUAGUUACUGAUAUGCGACUACGUAUGUUUAAGUAGGCGAUUAUGGACGCUCUUGAGUGGG